CAGGCUGUGACAGCAAAUUUAAAUGCAGAUCCGAGUUCCCAUUUUACUAAUUUAAACGCACGUCUCCCUCAUUGGUUAGAUUUGAUGAGGGUGGGGUCUCACUAGAGAGUCUUUUGACGUCGCGCUCGUUCAGAUGGGUUUUAACAGAGACGCAAUCUGUGUUGGAGCAGAAAAAAGUGCUCCAAAACCAUGAUUGAGGAGAAGAAAACAGUCUAAUCAAGUGAUCAUGAGGUUGGAAGUAUUUUGAUGUUGCUGUCAAUCUCUCCUCUUUGCUUCAAAUGGGGCUUCACUAGUGGACACCACCAGUGUCAUUUCUGCAAGCUGAACGUCAGCUGGGCAUUACGAACAGUGGCUUCAUCAGUCUGUGGUCUCUUUCACUUUUCAGCAUAAGUAUGACCAGAAGACCCUCGCCCUGACGCGCGCUGGUGCGUGCAUGCUGCUGGACCAGGGUGUGUGAGGACUAGCAUGAAGCGCCAUGGGUUGGUGCGACCGCGGGGUUCAAACGCUCCUGGCCACGGCAGGAGCUUUCGCCGCCUUCAGCCUGAUGACCAUCGCUAUUGGCACGGACUACUGGCUCUAUUCGCGGGCAUACAUCUGUAAUGGCACCAACGUCACCACAGACGAGAUCAAAACUAAGAAAGGCGAUCUCACCCACUCAGGACUGUGGAGAAUCUGUUGUAUUGAAGGCAUCAAUCAAGGCAGCUGCUACUGGAUCAACCACCUUACUGAUGACGACGACUAUGACACGGACCGCUCUGAAUAUCUGCUGCGUGUUGUUCGGGCCUUCAGUGUGUUCCCCAUCCUCAGCACCACCCUGUUGAUGCUUGGCGGGUUGUGUGUCGGUGUAGGGCGAGCGUACAACAAGACAAAUAAUGUACUCCUCAGUGCAGGCAUUCUUUUUGUAGCCGCAGGCCUAAGCAAUAUCAUCGGUAUCAUUGUCUACAUCUCAAGCAACACUGGGGAUCCAGGUGACAAGCGAGACGAUGACAAGAAGUACACCUACUCCUAUGGCUGGUCCUUCUACUUCGACGCCCUCUCCUUUAUUGUGGCUGAAACUGUCGCCGUCCUUGUCAUCAACAUCUACAUCGAGAAGAACAAGGAGAUCCGCUGGAAGGCGCGGCGCGAAUUUAUCCGCUCGCUGUCCUCCUCUUCGCCAUACUCUAGAAUACCCAGCUUCCGCUACCGUCGGAGGAAUUCUCGCGCCAGUUCGCACUCUACGGAGGCCUCUAGGGAGAACUCGCCUGCAGGUGGCAUGAAGGGGGCAACGUCUUCCAGCGGGCCCUUGGAUGAGCUGUCCAUGUAUGCCCUCGCAAGGGACAGUGUAACUGAGAACACAUACAGCCCUGAGCAUGAGGGAAGUGCCGAAUUCCUGCAGGUUCAUAACUGUUUCCCAAAUGAUUUAAAGGAUGGAGUAAAUCGCAGAACCACGCCUGUGUGAGUGCAAGGAUUGUAAGGUCAAGGUUGACCUGAGUGAUGGUGUGAAAUCAGCAGUCUGAUGUACCGGAUCAGCUCACCCUGUGAAAAAGAGCCUCUCAAUUUUCUGAAAGGACCAAAAGUAGACAGGACAGUGAGAAGGAGAGCAGAUGAGCCAAUUAACAAAAUGGGGGAAAAAUCACUUGCUUUUAGAGUUCACUGAAGCAGUACAGAGUUACCAAGGUCUGUACUUUAACCAAUUCAGUUUUUAUUUUUGAACUGUUCAAAUGUGAGCAGUCUGCUAACACAUUCAAAGUUUAUUUAAUUAUUCCCACACUUUCUAGCUAAACUUGAGAAUGAAACCUUGAGGCUUGUAAUUCAGAUGUAUUCUACAUAUUAUUCAAACAACAUGGUGCUAAAUGAAACAUAUUCUUCAGUGUUCCAUUUGUAUGUGGCGUUAGCUCUAGUUUCUCAUUGUAUUCCAUGUUAGGCUCUAAAUACAACCUUGAAAGAGAGUCAGUGUCUUUACAAAAUUAUAUCCUUACUAAACUGUGAUGUACUGAAUGUUUAGUAUUUAGGCUAAUUUUAUCUCUGUAUUGUUUGUUCUUUAAUCCCUGACCCCUCUAAAAAUGGACACAAAGCAGAGUAAAAAUUUUACGCUUAUGCAAGUGGUCGCACUUGCAUAAGAGCCUACCUUCUCAAAUGGAGGUAUCUGUCUUAUAACAAAAGACAAAAAAGCUCUAGAGAAGCCUGAGCUUAACACACACACACACCCCCCCACACACACACACACGCACACACACCCACCCCCCCCCCACACACACACACCCACGCACACACACAACAAAAGUCAGGACUACUUUUGGCUCCAAACAGAGUCUUGGCAUCAAGUUUUUAAGAGAUAAUAAUUAGAACCAAGCAGAGAUUUCUUGUCUGUCUGUCAAAGCUUGAACGUCUGGCAGGCUUGCCACUCUACUGCCAAGCAGAUCCUGCACAGAAGCCAAGGGAGCCGUGUGGAACUGUAUCUCCCAAGGAUUUAUCCCCAUCUACAAGAGCUGUGCUGUGCUGCAAGUUCCUGACUGCUCUGUGUGUUAGUUCUCUCAGGAAAUACAGCAAAGUUGUGGCAGGUUGAAUCCUUUGAGGUCUGCAAGAAUUCGGACCAGUGACGAAGACAAACCUUGAGAAAAAUAAGUGAAGAAAAGUAAAAAUGCCAUGAAAUUCUUUAGUAAAUACUGUGAGUGUUGUCUGAGCCUGCUGGGCUCAGUUGACCAGAGAAAAGUGUUAGAGGAGACAAUACUUCAUACUAUGAAGAGCACAUGUAAAAAAAAAGCCAUCAGUGUAGGUCUUUCACUUUUAUAUAUCAGUCUGAAAAAGUAAAUGUUUGUAAUUUAAAGCUGUAAAUAAAAGUGUAAUAAAAAACAUGCCAAUGUGAAAAGAGAAUUCAAAGCAUUAUUUAAUGAAAGAUCGUCUCAGUAAUCAAACUUUGACCAGUUGGGCAAUGAUCAUGUGAUUCAACUUACCUUUUUAUAUUCAGCUAAGACUAGUAUUUCUGUUAUGAGUCGGUGAUUCUAUUAAGUAUUUCGUUUUGUAAGGUGAAGUACAGUGAGUAUGUUUAGGAAAAGAAACUAUAUUUCUAUUCCAUGUAUGAGCGGCAGCUGUAUUUUACUGUAUGUGCUUACACUAAUUUAUGACUGACUAUAUAAUAAAGCACCUUCUCUAUUGUCAUUAUUAAGCAUUCAAAAUUUGGAUCAUUAGGAGGGAAGGUAAAGAACUGGUUAAGCUGCACAGUUAUAAAAAAGUGAAGAAUCUGAGGCUCCCAUCUUUUUACUGAGGAGUUCUGUUAUACACUAUGUUCAGUACCAAACUAAUCUCUUAUGUAAAGGUAAUUCAGUGCCUUUUUAUGAUCUGCUGUAUUUCCCACUUUCAAUGUUCUUACAAAAAGAAGAAGAAAAUAUUUUUAACUUGUGUAUUACCCCCGGCAUACUGUACCUGAAUAAACAAACAAAAUCAGGGUCA